AGAACAAGUGAACUGUCGUGUUAUUGCAAAACAAAUCUUUCUAGAAAAUAGUUUUAAUUUCAAUUAACAAAAAAUGAAGAGUUUGAUUAUUUUAUUGGUUGCAUGUGUUGUGAUUGGUUUUUGUGAGCCGAUGUCAAAAGAGGAACGGAUCGCGAAUUUCAUGAAAAUAGCCAGUGAGUGUGCUGUAACAGAAGGUGCGACCGAUGAUGAAAUGGCUGAAAUAUUUCAACGUAAGACACCAAGCACAAGGGCGGGAAAAUGUGUUCAUGCUUGCCUGGGUGAAAGAAUCGGAGUCAUGAAAAUGAAUCAAGUCGAUGUGGAAAGCACUGUUGCAGUUGCGGAUAUGGCAUUUGAUGGCGAUUCAAGAAAAGUCCAAAUGGCUCGGGAGCUGGCUAAUGAUUGCGCGGGGAUCACAGAUUCGGACAGAUGUGAUGCAGCUGUUAAGAUAUUUGAAUGUGGACACAACGCCAUCAAAACCCGUGGAAUUACUUUUGAGGAUGUAUGAAAGUAUUUUACAAUGUUCAUCACUCGAAGAUCAACAGUCCAACGAAUAUCGCUUAGCCAAAAAUUGCUUUGACUUUAUUUUUCAUAAUUCAUUUUUAUGCACGCAUGCUAGCUUGCAGUUCAUAUAAUAAACUAAUA